AUGGAAGUCAAAUCUGGUGGGAAAUUUCUUCAUCAACACGUAUGUUGUGCAGCAUUUGACGAAGGUGUGGACCAUACCAGUAGAACGAAUCAUCCAGAAAUGUCACUUUCUGAUCUCCCCUUCAUUUCGAGGGCACCAUCCGAACAGGAGAGUAGGAAGGAGAGCACACCACCGCUCAUCAGCGAUAACCCGUUUGUUCGGUGGGAUCGUCUCAAAACGUUGCCUUCUAACAAACCACAGCAGGAUAUUUCUCUUUCACCCCAAAAAUCGACCAAGGGAGACAGACCAACUCCUGGUACAGAGGGACCGGCCUCUCCUGGCUCCAGUGGUGCCGGUACUGAGGCAUUCGACGAAGACGGCUUCAUCACAGCCUCCGCAUCAGCAACCACCCCUACAAGCACUUCUUCCUCCUCAUCUACCACUUCUGUGAAUUCCUCUUCCUCACCUUCAAUGGAUUGGCCACAUCCGGACAAAAUUACUGCUCGUCCACUGUCGCAUCAAUGCUCACCCGACUCUUUCGAUGAUAUCCAUUCGCGUUCGAAACCGAACGAGGUGGAUGGAGAUCUCGGAGAAGGGGGAAUCAUCCAUGUUAUCGAAUCACAGAAUUAUGGAACCUCUGUUGAGAAGCAGCUAUUAGGAAUGAGGAGGCGGAUUGGAAGAGCCUUCGUCCCUUCAAUAACGUUAACGAAUGAAUGUCUUCCUGAAAUGGAAGUAAUUGACCCACUUGAUGUUGUCAUCCUGCGACUUCACCUCUCCACAGAUCACAGCCCUGUUCGUGUGAGUCUUAUCGCUGCACCAAAGAAACCUCUCCCCGCCUUGGAUAACCUUCCACCUGAGACUGCCUCCGACACGACCACCAUCACUACCAGCAGCAGUCGCGCCAGUACCAUUUUCAGCUAUCCCUGGGAUCUACCCCCUCCACAAACACAUCAUCCCUCCUCCUCGUCCUCACCACCGCCUCCGGCUCCAUUGAAGUGGGCAACUUUACAACGGCAUCUUUCCGAGAUGGGUCACUCACCUCCUCCUCUUCCAAUAACGAAAACCCUGCAGCAGAAUGGAUGCGAUAGUGAGGAUGUCUCAGAGAGGAUGUGCAGCGUCCCUUCUGAGGAGGCUAUUGAAGGUUCGAGGCCAUUGCUAGUGCCUGGAGAGAGGGAAAAGGAGGAGAAGACAUAUGCCACCAUCGGUGACGAGUUAGGAGCCCACGAGAAGGCCCUAGAACGACUCCCAACAACGGAGGUGCCUUCACCAAAUUUGCAGCAGAUCUCUGCAGCAGGCAGUAUUGAAUUGCCCCAAAAGGAACCGGUGAAGCAAUAUGUCUAUGCUGAGGUGAGGCCAUCUCCUAACGCCUCCACAUCGAGCAGCACUAAAAUUCGAAGUCCCCCAGUUCCGGCUCAUCCCUCCAAAAAAAAAGCAACACCCCUCUCUCAUGAGGCCCACUUUUACGAGGGUAUAAAGAGUAACUUAACUCCAUCAGAAGCAGAAGAAAAGAGCUUUGAAGUCCAUUCCCCCACCAGUAUGUCCUUCACCUCCACAGAACGUCCGAUUCCCGCCAAUCGGAGUAGUAGAUCACCAUCCAGUGUUGGCGAACCGGGCAGGCAUCUGGAACAAUUUGUUUCUGGUCUUAUGAACGAUAAAACUUCCCCGUUCUACAAACACAUGUCAGCGUUCAUUGAGUGCACCAUCAAACAAUUGGGACAGACACCACAGAAAACACUGCAAAACAUCUGUCAGUUCAUAAACGGCGUCUCAAAUUUCCUGCAAAAAGUUCAUACCACUGAACUACGGCAGGCGGUGGAAGCCGAGGAAAGGGAUCUUCGUGGACUCCAGUACUUUGAUGUGGCCCAGGAACUAGAAACUCUAGUCCAAUUAACAGUUUUGCGUCCACUGCAUAGGCGAUUAAUCGAGGACUUGCAGUAUCAUGGAUGUGGAACUGUUUCACCGCAGACUGCGGAGGAAUUCACAAAUUUGGUGAAGAAGGCGUAUCAAGAACUCCCCAAUCUGAGUCAAGAGGAUAGGCAACUAUUGGAAAGGACGUUAUUCCAGCCAGUGAGAAGAAUAUUCUAUCAAAUGCAGGAUGCCUUUCAACCUGGUGCCAAGUUGGAUUGUCUUAUUCGCAUUUUUCACACCAUUGAUUUGCAGGUACCAGUUCCAAAAAAUUCAAUUCCUGGUCAGAGCAAGGAUUCGUGUGAUAUAGAGCGACUCAUGCUUUACGCCACCGUCCUUGCUAUGGUCGAUCUCCUGAAGCCUUCAAGAACCUUGGAUGUAAAGGACAACAGUAAUGCAAGUACUGGUAUCAGUCGUAUUGAAGUUCAACGCCUCUACCUGGAGGCCAUCAUCUCAUCAGCCCGUCUGGCCUCCAGUGCUGAGGGCUGUAAACGUCUCACCGAUCUUGUUUGCCUCCUUCGCUACGUGGAGAAUUUUCGACACUAUGCCUCUCCUGCUGGGGUGGUUCGUCUUCUCCGUCGGCGAAAUCACCAGGCCGCGGAAAUUGAGGCAAAUUUGGCGACAACUUGGCGCCCAGGCCUAAACAAACUGCGUCGCUCCUACACCGACAACAUUCAGGAAGCGCUGAAUCGCAGAAAUGACCACUCGAUGACCCUCAGUUUAACCUCACCUCCCUGGCAGGGGAGGAGGGUGAGGAAAGUGGGGUGUGUACAAAGCUUUGAGAAGACCUCUGCCCCCUCUUCCCCUACUGUCUCCUCUAUUCUUGUUCUCGCAGCCAAUGAGUCCGAAAGGCUCCUGGUGCCAUUUGAAAUUCCUCUUCGACAGAGUCUGACGGUCAGGGAGCUGUGUAAUAUGCUGGCUCUGAAGUUACAAAUAUUUGAUUCAAAGGAGUACGCUCUCUUCUAUCACUCACUCAGUGGAGAUAUUUCACUAUCGGACACCCUUCACCUGGAGCGUUUCAUGACCCAAAGCCUGGACCCAAGUGUCCAAUCAGUAAAUUGCGAGAUGGGCGCCUUCUUCUCCUCCUCCAGUAGCAUCGACUUUCUCGCCAACUCGCAACCGACCACACAGAAAAAGUCCACUCUUCGACGGUUCUUUCAACGUCGAAAGCGUGUUGCCAGCUCAGAUUCAUUGAAGAGCGAGUCGCCUCUCCCCCAGCAACAACAUCACCGAAAGAGCAAUGGGGUCAUAAAGCGUCAACCCUCAAUCGAAUGGAGUACAGUGGAUGGUGGGGACACCAAUUUUGUCCUCGUCUACCGUCGACGCAGCAGUGAAGCGGUGCUCUACGCCAAUGAUCUCUUCGAAUGCUUUCCAAGUGCUGGAAAACUUAUCUGA